UUAGUGACUAAUCUCUGCCCUGGGUAGUUAGGACUUGUGUCAGCUGCUUCCUCGCCUGUAUAGUUAAGAGCAGACCUCUUUUACCUUGUAGAUUAUUAUGCCAUCACCUCCAUUAAUCUUUUGCUCCUCCCAGUUCAAAUGUCAGGCAGAAAAUGAGCCACCGAAUUACAACUCCCAUUAUCCGUGAAACCAAAACAAAGACUGUCGUGCAGAUAUGAGUUAGUGGAGAAAAAUCCAGAGUUACAAGUAUAGCACCUUUUGCUUGAACAAAAUGGAAAUUUGAGGAGUUAUCGUAACCUUUAGGUCACUUUAAAGUCUCUGAUAGAUUUCUAAUGUUUUUUUUUCUUUUAACCUUUACAGAGAGAAGAUUAUAAAUGCCAGAGCCAUUUAACUGAUGGUUAGCUGUUGAAUUCUGAAGCUUCUUUAAAUACCUUUGACCUACGUCUUCACUGGGAAGAAUUCAGGAAAAGUAGCAGGGAAAGAGAGUCAACAUUUACAUGUACCAUGGCUAUACCAAUAACAGUGCUUGACUGUGAUCUCUUACUGUAUGGCCGAGGUCACCGGACAUUGGACCGUUUUAAGCUGGAUGAUGUGACUGAUGACUACUUGAUGUCUAUAUAUGGUUUUCCUCGACAGUUCAUUUAUUACUUGGUGGAGCUCUUGGGAGCAAAUCUUUCUAGACCAACUCAGAGAUCCAGGGCUAUUAGCCCAGAGACACAGAUCCUUGCAGCAUUGGGCUUCUAUACGUCAGGAUCCUUCCAGACUCGGAUGGGAGAUGCUAUUGGAAUCAGUCAGGCAUCUAUGAGUCGAUGUGUUGCCAAUGUCACCGAAGCACUUGUGGAAAGAGCCUCACAGUUCAUUCGCUUUCCUGCUGAUGAAGCCUCCAUUCAGGCUCUGAAGGAUGAAUUCUAUGGGUUGGCUGGGAUGCCAGGGGUAAUAGGAGUGGUUGACUGUAUCCAUGUGGCAAUCAAGGCACCAAAUGCUGAAGACCUCUCCUAUGUGAACCGCAAAGGUCUGCAUUCUUUAAACUGCCUGAUGGUGUGUGACAUCAGAGGAGCACUAAUGACUGUGGAGACAAACUGGCCAGGCAGCCUACAGAACUAUGCUGUGCUGCGGCAGUCUUCUCUCAGUAGUCAGUUUGAAGCUGGAAUGCACAAAGAUAGCUGGCUGCUUGGUGACAGUUCCUUCCUUCUCCAUACCUGGCUCAUGACCCCACUUCACAACCAUGAAACUCCAGCUGAGUAUAGAUAUAAUAUGGCCCACUCUGCAACUCACAGUGUGAUCGAGAAGACCUUCCGAACCCUCUGCUCCCGAUUCCGCUGCCUGGAUGGGUCCAAGGGGGCACUGCAGUACUCGCCAGAGAAGUCCAGCCACAUCAUUUUGGCUUGUUGUGUCCUCCACAAUAUCUCCCUGGAGCAUGGGAUGGAUGUUUGGUCCUCUCCAAUGACAGGACCCAUGGAACAGCCCCCCGAGGAAGAGUAUGAGCAUAUGGAGUCCCUGGACCUAGAGGCUGACCGGAUCCGUCAGGAGCUGAUGCUCACUCAUUUUAGCUAACAGGAAAGGUGGGGAGGAAGAGGGAAACUUUCCAAGAGGAGCUGUAACAAACUUUCCCCCUCAACAACCCCUACACAGUUCCAUCAUUUAGCAUGACUGAGUGUGGACACUCAUCACAAAUUUACAUUUAAUCUGUGUAUUUUUUAGAAGAGUUGGGCUAUGCCAGAAUAUCUUGAUUCAUUUGCAAUUCUAUUAACCAAACCAAAACCAGGACAACACUUCCCUACUAUGCAUUGAGCUCCAGGUUGAGCAUCAUUUAUUUGAAAACUUACUGGUUGUGGACAUUUAUGAUUGUGCCUAUAACAUCAGAGCAAAGGGGAAAAUGGCAUCUAGCCAGAACCCUUUUUUUGUUUCAAUUAUCUGGAGAUUUCAAAUGAAAACAAUAUUUAUUUGUCUUGAAUUAUUUGGGUGACAUUUUAGCUUUUCUACUUUGCUGCCUACUUAGGCAUAAUCUGAGGCCAGUGUAAAAAAUAACUUUAAGUUGGAGAAUGGUCUUCUGACAUAGGUAAAUGGCUACUAAUCUGAGUUUGUAACUUUAUGUUUUUAAGAAGAUGUUAGGAAAGAACAAAACCAAAAAUAAACAAAGAAUGAUGUUAGUGACAGUCUGAAACCUCUAUCUUUAGCCUUUCUGCAAUAAUUGUACUGUGGUUCAGACCUACUUCCUAGGGAGAACAUCUGGACUCCAAUCUCCCAUUUCUAACCCCAAGCAGGAGUUAGAGGCUAAAUGGGUUUAAGAACCCAAUCAGCUUAAGGAGGACAAGUCAAAUAUAGAUAAAAUAGCAAUCUUACACUUUAUAGGAGAUCUAAAGACCGUGAUAAAUUGGGGGACAGAGGAGAGUCACCCAGGUUUUAACAGCUCAUAUACAUCAUAGAUCACAUUUCUUAUGAUUGUGAUGUUAGAAUGUCUGGCCAUUCAGAUUGAAAUUCCUUGUACCAGAGGAAGAUUUAAGGAAUAAACAAGGUAUAUGAAAGUAUUAAAAAGGAGAGGUAAGAAUAUUUCUUCAUUUGAAAUUAAUUUUGAAGUUAGACCUACUUGAAUAUCUUAUCUGCAAAAUGAUGGACAGAAUGUCCCAGGAAAUAAAUAAUCCCCCACCAUGUCUUAUUCUAAAAUUAUACUGAUAUAAAAAUAACCUGAUUGGAAUAAUGAAAGUGUAAAUUAGGUUCACACAUUGGUGCCUUUGCUAGGACAAAAAAAGAGACUUUCCUGAGGAUUGUCUAGUUCCCAGUUUUUCAUCCACCACCAUGUGAUACCUCUGAAUUGUCCCCUUGGAUCAUUUCCUACCUGCCUUUGGCAGUGUUAAUCUGGUGGUUUUCAAAGUAAAGAAAUGAACAGCUGAUGACAGAGAAAUGUGGAAAUAAAUUGAGGGUGACUCAUCCUCAAGAUUAAAAACAAUUAUGGAUUAUUAUCUGCUGUUUAUUUCUACUCCAAAUUUUAUUUUCCAUCAUUGUCCUACGCUAUAAAGAGUAGGUCCAUUUGGCAGGAGGUUGAGCUUAAUGUGUACAAUGAAGUCAUUGAGAUGGGAGUGGACAACAAAGAGGUGACUGUAAACUAGCUCUACUUAUUGUGCAAUAGAGGUGCCCUGUUACAUUUUUUUUCUUUGUAAAGUUUAAUUUGUGAA